GUGCUGGCGUCUUCCUGUGGCGGUAACAACACGUAUUUCCUCGGGCUGAGCUCCUGAGACGAUGAAUCACAGUGAAAGAUACGUUUUCAUUGCGGAGUGGUACGAUCCCAACGCUUCCCUCUAUCGGCGUUACGAGCUUUUGUAUUACCCAGCGGACGGGUCUGUGGAGAUGCAUGAUGUAAAGAAUCACCGUACCUUUCUGAAGCGGACCAAAUAUGACGACCUCCACUUGGAAGACUUAUUCAUAGGCAACAAAGUGAACAUCUUUUCCCGACAAUUGGUGCUGCUUGAUUAUGGGGACCAGUACACAGCUCGCCAGUUGGGCAGUAGGAAAGAAAAGACAUUGGCCCUGAUUAAACCAGAUGCAAUUUCAAAAGCUGGAGAAAUAAUUGAAAUAAUAAACAAAGCUGGAUUUACUAUCACCAAACUCAAAAUGAUGAUGCUCUCAAGGAAGGAAGCAACAGAUUUUUAUAUAGACCAUCAUUCAAAGCCUUUUUUAAAUGAGCUGAUCCAGUUCAUUACAAAUGGCCCUGUUAUUGCCAUGGAGAUUUUAAGAGAUGAUGCCAUAUGCGAAUGGAAGAGACUUCUCGGCCCUGCCAACUCCGGGGUGGCCCGCGCAGACGCGCCCGGAAGCAUCCGAGCCCUCUUUGGAACCGACGGCCUCAGAAAUGCAGCUCACGGCCCCGAUUCCUUCGCGUGUGCUGCCCGAGAAAUGGAGUUAUUCUUCCCUUCGAGCGGAGUUUGUGGGCCAGCCAACACCGCCAAGUUCACCUGCUGCACCUGCUGCGUCAUCAAGCCCCACGCCGUCAGUGAAGGACUGCUGGGAAGGAUUCUGACGACCAUCCGAGAUGCAGGUUUUGACGUCUCAGCUAUGCAGAUGUUCAACAUGGAUCGAGUUAAUGUCGAAGAGUUUUAUGAAGUCUAUAAAGGAGUAGUGUCUGAGUAUAAUGAGAUGGUGGCCGAAAUGUAUUCUGGCCCUUGCGUGGCAUUGGAGAUUCAACAGACGAACCCUGCGAAGACAUUUCGAGAAUUCUGUGGGCCUGCUGAUCCUGAAAUUGCACGGCAUUUGCGUCCUGGGACCCUCAGAGCGACCUUCGGUAAAACGAAGAUUCAGAACGCGGUUCACUGUACCGAUCUCCCAGAGGACGGGCUGUUGGAGGUGCAGUAUUUCUUCAAGAUCCUGGAUAAUUAGCCGUGCGGGAAAUAAAGAAGCCACAGAAUGGGGCCCUCGGAGGACAGCGAACCACGCACGCAAGGAACGUGUUCAUUCUUUUAUUGUCCACGGUUUGAACCUGACCGAGCACAAGAUCAACAAGAGCACUGUCGUCCCGGUGCCAGUACACACGAGGGCAUGGGGCCGCGCUGCAGGCGACACGAAACGCCA